CUGUAUAAAGUUCUUCUGCAUUGUGGAAAGACAGCCUGUAUCUCUGCUUGAAAAGAAUUCCACAGGGAUAUAAACAUGAGCAGAAAUAGAGAAAGAGUCAUUGAAGCAGUGGAAAGUGGCUUUUCAGAGAAUGAAAAGACUUCCCCAGAAGAUAUGCUGUUUUCUUACAGAGGUAUUUUGUACCCUACUGCAUUUAGCUGCCCAGAAACUUUGGAAGCUCUGAAGUCCUUUGAAAUCAGGAGUGACGAUGUGAUUCUAGCAGGCUAUCCUAAAACAGGAACCAACUGGCUUGAAGAAAUGGUAAGGGAGCUGGAAUCAGCAGAUGCUAAAUAUACAGAAGAAGAAAUGAAAGAGAGAAUAAAUGCUGAAAAGGAGCUACAGAUGUUUCCACGUCUAGAGUUUGGAGAUCCUGGAAUAUAUGAGCGGAUGAAGAAACUGCCUUCCCGAAGAAUUAUUUCAACCCACCUGCAUCCUCAUCUCCUGCCCUUCUCCAUCUUCCAAGGAAAGGCUAAGGUCCUUGUGCUACUUCGGAACCCCAAAGACACGGCCGUCUCCUAUUACCACUUCUACAAUAACAUGCCAGUGCUGCCAUCCUUCGCCUCCUGGGAUGAGUACUUUCCAGCUUUCAUGAAUGGGAAAUUGGCCUGGGGAUCCUACUUUGACCAGUUAGUGGAAUGGAGCCAAUACAUUGACCAUGAGAAGAUCAUGAUGAUAAGCUAUGAAGAACUGAAAGAGAACCCAGUACUGGGAAUGAAAAAGAUUGCUGCCUUCUUUGGGUUCUCCCUGGAUGAAGAAGAUUUUCACAGAAUUGCCAAGAAGACCACUUUCCAAGCCAUGAAGGAGAAAUCCAAGGAAACCCAUGGUAAAUUUGGGGACAUCCUCUUCCGUAAGGGCAUUGUUGGGAGCUGGAGAGACCUCUUCUCUAAAGCUCAGAAUGAAGAAAUGGACCGAAAAUUUGAAGACUCCAUAGGGAAAACAAAGCUGGCAGCAAAGAUUAAAUACAAUGUGUACUGCAAGGCCUGAAAAUGAGCAGAGCAGCAAGUUCUUCCCCAAAUAUGAUUCUCCAAUGGUGGCCGGUCACCGUGAGAAAAGAGAGGUAACCCUCAGAGAUUGACCUGGCACCUCUAAACAUUUGGGCUGUAAUUCUUAGGCUUGUGCUGUGCCUGGGGCCUGGCUGUUGCUUAAUGCAAACAAAUAAAAUGAGUGCAUUCCUUCAGU